AUGAAAUAUUUACUGCUGCUCGCUCUCGUUGCCACCGCCUCAGCUAUCAACCUUAUCGGCAGGACGCAGUCGACAGCGGCUCGAGGAAAGCUAACGUGCAAUGGCAAACCAGCGGCAGGAGUUCGCGUGAAACUCUACGAUUCUGACAAACAGAUCGGAUGUGAUAGGAUAAUCCGUAAUUGCAGACAGUCGUAUGCCGGAGUUGUCGACACAGAUGAUCUGAUGGCAUCAGGAAAGACGGACUCGAAUGGCGAGUACAACCUGUCCGGCAGCACUAAGGAAAUCACCGGCAUCGAGCCCUACAUUGCCAUCUAUCACGACUGCAACGAUGGCAUCAAGCCCUGUCAACGCACAUUCCGAGUUGGCAUUCCAUCAAAGUACGUGACUAGCGGAAAAACGCCUAAAUCCACGUACGAAGCUGGACAACUGGAACUCGCCGGCAAAUACCCGAAGGAAGGACGAAGCUGUCUCAACUGA